UGAUCUUCCUCACAAAAAAAAAAAAAUAGAGGAAGUCACUCUGAGUUAGGUAUUCAUUAACCUCUAGAGGAUAGCCCUGCCCACACCAAGUGGUGAGGUCCCACUCUUUCAACUUCCUCUGUUGCUAAAUCUUUGACCCUUUUAAGGAAACCCAAGGGACUGUACCCGAAGAAGAAAAAAAUGAGACAUUUUUAAGAGGCAAUGGAAGACACCUUCUGCCGAGAUUGUGCUUUUUUUCCCCUUUGCCUUUCUUAGAAGGCACCAACUACAAAAGGCUUUUUUUUUUUUUUUAACUUUAGUUUCACUUUCGAGUUUGUAGCAAACUUGCCACACUUCGAUGAAAACGACUGGAUUUGGACUAAGGAAAAAAGGAAUGGUCAGCCAUCCUUAGAGUAAGUGAAGGACAGAACCAUGACCCAGGGGUUGCCAUAUCAUAUCUACUCCUUUUUGAGACUCUUGCCCUUUUGGGUACUGUGUGCAUCCUCUACCAACAGAUGUGCUGUUAGACAUGAAGUGGCUGACUGCAGUCAUCUGAAGUUGACUCAAAUACCCGAUGACCUCCCGGCAAACAUAACAGUGUUGAAUCUCACCCAUAAUCAACUCAGGAGAUUGCCACCUGCUAAUUUUACAAGAUAUAGCCAACUUACUAUCUUGGAUGGAGGAUUUAACACCAUCUCAAAACUGGAGCCAGAAUUGUGCCAAAAACUGCCCUUGUUGGAAAUUUUGAACCUCCAACACAAUGAGCUAUCUCAACUUUCUGAUAAAACCUUUGUCUUCUGCACGAAUUUGACUGAACUCCAUCUAAGAUCCAACUCAAUCCAGAAAAUUCAAAAUAAUCCCUUUAAAAAUCUGAAGAAAUUAAUCAAAUUAGAUCUAUCUCAUAAUGGUUUAUCAUCUACGAAAUUAGGAACUCAGCUCCAACUGGAAAAUCUCCAAGAGCUUCUAUUAUCAAAUAAUAAAAUUCAGGCACUAAGACAUGAAGAACUUGAUUUCCUUGGCAAUUCCUCUUUAAAAAAGUUAGAGUUGUCAUCAAAUCAAAUUAAAGAGUUCUCUCCAGGGUGUUUUCAUGCAAUUGGAAAAUUAUUUGGCCUCUCUCUGAACAAUGUCCAACUGGGCCCCAGUCUCACACGGAAGCUUUGCUUGGAAUUAUCAAACACAAGCAUUCAGAAUCUUUCCCUGAGCAACACCCAGCUAAAUAUAACAAGCAAUAUGACUUUCACUGGACUAGAGCAGACAAAUCUCACCAUGCUGGAUCUUUCCCAUAACAGCUUAAAUGUGAUUGGUAAGGAUUCCUUUGCUUGGCUUCCACAUCUAGAAUAUUUCUUCCUGGAGUAUAAUAAUAUACAGCAUUUGUAUUCUCACUCCUUUUAUGGGCUUUUCAAUGUGAGACACCUGAAUUUGAGACGAUCUUUUACUAAACAAAGCAAUGCCCUUGCUUCGCUUCCCAAGAUUGAUGAUUUUUCCUUUCAGUGGCUAAAAUGUUUGGAGUAUCUUAACAUGGAAGAUAACAACUUUCCAGGCAUAAAAAACAAUAUGUUCACAGGACUGGUAAAACUGAAAUACUUAAGUCUAUCCAACUCCUUCUCAAGUUUGCGGACUUUAACAAAUGAAACAUUUCUGUCACUUGCUCAUUCUCCUCUGCGAAUACUCAACCUAACCAAAAAUAAAAUCUCAAAAAUAGAAAGUGGUGCUUUUUCUUGGUUGGGUCACCUAAAGAUACUUGACCUUGGCCUCAACGAAAUUGGGCAAGAACUCACAGGUCAGGAAUGGAGAGGUCUAGAAAAUAUUGUUGAAAUCUACCUGUCCUACAACAAAUACCUACAACUGACUAGCAACUCUUUUGCCUUGGUUCCAAGCCUUCAACAACUGAUGCUCCGAAGGGUGGCCCUUAAAAAUGUGGAUAGCUCCCCUUCACCUUUUCGCCCUCUUCGUAACUUGACCAUCCUGGAUCUAAGCAACAACAACAUAGCCAACAUAAAUGAUGAACUGUUGGAAGGUCUUGAGAAACUAGAAAUUCUGGAUUUGCAGCAUAACAACUUAGCACGGCUCUGGAAACAUGCAAACCCUGGUGGUCCUGUUCAUUUUCUAAAGGGUCUUUCUCACCUCCACAUUCUUAACUUAGAGUCCAAUGGCUUUGAUGAGAUCCCAGCAGAGGCCUUCAAGAACUUAUUUGAAUUAAAGAGCAUCAAUUUAGGACUGAAUAAUUUAAACAUGCUUCCACCAUCUGUCUUUGAUAAUCAGGUGUCUCUAAAGUCAUUGAGCCUUCAGAAGAAUCUCAUAACAUCAGUUGAGAAGAAUGUUUUUGGGCCAGCUUUCAAGAACCUGAGUAACUUAGAUAUGAGCUUUAAUCCAUUUGAUUGUACAUGUGAAAGCAUUGCCUGGUUUGUUAAUUGGAUUAAUGGUACCCAUACCAACAUCUCUGAGCUAUCAAACCAUUAUCUUUGCAAUACUCCUCCUCAUUAUCAUGGCUUCCCGGUGAUGCUUUUUGAUACAUCAUCCUGCAAAGACAGUGCCCCCUUUGAACUUCUUUUCAUGAUAAAUACCAGUACCCUAUUGUUCUUUAUCUUUAUCGUACUGCUCAUCCAUUUUGAAGGCUGGAGGAUAUCUUUUUAUUGGAACGUUUCGGUGCAUCGAGUUCUUGGUUUCAAAGAAAUAGACAGACAGCCAGAGCAGUUUGAAUAUGCAGCGUAUAUAAUACAUGCCUAUAAAGAUAGGGAUUGGGUCUGGGAACACUUCUUGCCAAUGGAAGAAAAAGAUCAAACUCUCAGAUUUUGUCUGGAAGAAAGAGAUUUUCAGGCAGGUGUCCUUGAACUUGAAGCAAUUAUUAACAGCAUCCAAAGGAGCAGAAAAAUUAUUUUUGUUGUAACACAUCAUCUAUUAAAAGAUCCAUUAUGUAAAAGAUUCAAGGUACACCAUGCAGUUCAGCAAGCUAUUGAACAAAACCUGGAUUCCAUUAUAUUGAUCUUUCUUGAGAAGAUUCCAGACUAUAAACUGAACCACGCCCUCUGUUUGCGAAGAGGAAUGUUUAAAUCUCACUGCAUCUUGAACUGGCCAGUUCAGAAAGAACGGAUAAAUGCCUUUCAUCAUAAAUUGCAGGUAGCCCUUGGAUCCAGAAAUUCAGUACAUUAAAUUUAUUUAAAGACUAACUUAACAAAGGAGUAACUUUCUCAAUUUAUAAAGUUCCAUGGUAAAUUUAAGUUUUAUUUGAAAAUAAUGUAAAUCUGUUUAUUCAUAUUUAUAGGUUAGAAUAUUAUAUCACAAUUAUAUCUCUUCUAUGGAAAUAUGUCUCCCUACUUUAGGCCUUUCAUUAUCGAUUAACUUAAUUUGACCCCGAAUAAACAUAUAAGAAUAUCCUGUACUAACGAAUAUACAAUUGGUUACUGAGGCCUAUGACAACUUAAGAAUAUUUUUAAAUAUUCUUCAUUUAAAGAAAAGUUCAAAUUAUAUGAGGAUUUGUGAUAAUUAUAUUUGGGCUUUUUUGGAUGCAUUCAUAGUAGAAUAAAAGAUAAUUGUUUUAAGAGGUACAAUGCUAUUUCAGUUGUAAAAGAGUAAAAUAUAUAUCCACAUUUUUAAAAGUUUAAUUACAGUAUUUUUUUAAUUGAAAAACUUUGUAUUUUUGUGGUGCCUAUCCAGCGUUGAUUUCUUAAGUGUUAAAUAUCAUUUUAAUAUACAUACUCAAGGGCAGAAAACAUUUGCCAUUCAUUUUUAUUACUUAAUAAAAUAAAUAUUUUAAUAAAUCCUUACUUAUAUUUUCCUGAUAUUUGGAUUUCUGCUAUAGGAGGUAUUAGAAGAAACAAUUCUCUUAUUGAAAAGUAUUGCAGAUAGGUUUGCUUCCUGAAGGUUAAUUAAUAGAUUGGCUUUGUGGAAACAAAAAGUUGUCUUCCCCUGGUCACUGACUCAGGAGAUGGCCCUGGCCAAAUCACUUGGUCCCACUGGGAUUCUUUGACUCCUGAUCUUGAAAAUUAUGAUGAUAAACAAAAUCUUAACUAUUCUCGUGUAAUUAGUGAUGAUGAUCACGGUAUAAUACAUUCACAUGGAAUAUAUUAUUGUGCCAUAAAAUAGUAUACUGUGUGUAAGUUAUUCCUUAUCUAGGAAGACUAUUGGGGGCUGGCCUGGUGGCAUAGUGGUUGAGUUUGCACACUCUGCUUCAGCAGCCUGGGGGUUGUGGGUUCGGAUCCUGGGUGCGGACCUACACACCGCUCAUCAAGCCAUGCUGUGGUGACAUCCCAUGUACAAAAUAGAGGAGGAUGGGCACAGAUGUUAGCCCAGGGCCAAUCUUCCUCAGCAAAAGCAGGAGGAUUGGCAGCAGACAUUAGCUCAGAGCCAAUCUUCCUCACCAAACAAACAAACAAAAGGCUUAUCU